AUGUUGGAUCCACUAUCAGGACUCAGUUCUGACCUGGCGGUGACCUCUGACCCCUGGAGGUCUAAAGAUUGCGAACCAGCAGAACAACAACAACAACAACAACAAACAGUCUCCAACAUGUCUCCAGUCAGAGCGUCGUUCUUCCUGCCGAGCUGCUGUGUCUUUAUCCUCCUCGUCGGGCCCUGCAGAGGUCAAGGAAGUGGCUGCAGCUGUAACAUCACCAAUAGCCGUUGUGACGAGUCCGGAGCCUGCAGGUGCGACCCUGGCUGGGACGGCGAGCGUUGUGACCGCUGCGUACCGACGCCCGGCUGUCUCCACGGUUCCUGUCAGCAGCCCUGGCAGUGUGGCUGUGAGCCAGGCUGGGGGGGGCGUUUCUGCGAUAAAGACCUGACGGUGUGCUUGGAGAAGUCGCCCUGUCAGAACGGAGGGGCCUGCGUAUUGGAGGACAGCGGCGACUACGCCUGUGUUUGUGCCGACGGGUUCCACGGCCGACACUGCCAACUGAAGACCGGGCCUUGUCACCUGAGGAGGUCUCCGUGUAAAAAUGGCGGCCUCUGUGAGGACGGCGACGGCUUCGCAGAGGACCUGUCGUGCCGCUGCCUAGCCGGCUUCACGGGUCGGCGCUGUGAAACCGACGUGGACGACUGCCUGAUGAGACCGUGUGCAAACGGUGCCACCUGCUCGGACGGCAUCAACCACUUCUCGUGCAUCUGUCCCGCCGGCUUCACCGGACGCUUUUGCACUGUCAACCUGGACGACUGCGCCAGCCGGCCCUGCCUCCACGCCGGCCGAUGCCUGGACCGCGCCGGGGGCUUCCAAUGCGUCUGCCGGCCCGGUUACACCGGAGCCACAUGCGAGAGUGGGCCGGGGAGCCUAGAGCCUGGGACCGUGCUAGGGAGGGAAGGGGGGGCAGACGGGGCUCUACCUCGCCUGACCGUCAGGGAUCAUGACGAGAGGACCGGCAGGAACGGCAGUCGUCAUGGCGACAGGCCCUUUAGGGUGACGGUGAACGAGCGCAGUGCCGCCGGCCUGUCAGAUAUCCAGCUCAUCGUCCUGCUGGUGUUGGCUGGCGUGACGCUGGCCGUGAUUGUGUUGACCGCCGCCCUCGUGCUGCACAGUCACUGCAGGGCCUGUGGCAGCGCCCCCUGCUGCCCGCUGACAUCAUCAUCAUUGUUAUCAUAGCGCCAAGCGCCGCAGGACGAGUCCAACUGUCACAUCAGCUUCCUGAAUGUAGCUGUACCAGAGAAUAAGAAGCUGAACGCUCUUAUAGGUUGCAGUGCGCUGAGAGCGGUUACUUUGACUCAAGUGACAUCACCCGAGGACGUUGAUCAGUGGUGAAAGAUCUCCAUCUUUAGAGUGACAAAAACAAAGAUAAGGACGAGAGUUACGAACUGUAAAUAUAUAUGUAUUUUGAUAUUGAUAUUGACAUAUACAUAUAUUCCAUAUAUAUAUAUACAGUAUAUGGACCUUACAGGAAGAUAGCAGGUCUUAUUCGGAUUAUACUUCCUGUUCUACUUGUUCUUAUUUAUUUAAACAUAUGAUCAUGCACUGUAAUUACUGUACAAAUCUGAGGUACCAGGACUUACGAAUUAGGUAUUUACAAGUUCUCCCAUACUUCACCUCGUCCACAUCUCAGAGGUAUCUGUUUUACUUUUACUGUACUUUGCCUUAGAGUUACAUAAAUUACUUUUUACUGUAAUACAUCAGAUAUUGACAUAUACAUAUAUUCCAUAUAUAUAUAUAUACAGUAUAUGGACCUUACAGGAAGAUAGCAGGUCUUAUUCGGAUUAUACUUCCUGUUCUACUUGUUCUUAUUUAUUUAAACAUAUGAUCAUGCACUGUAAUUACUGUACAAAUCUGAGGUACCAGGACUUACGAAUUAGGUAUUUACAAGUUCUCCCAUACUUCACCUCGUCCACAUCUCAGAGGUAUCUGUUUUACUUUUACUGUACUUUGCCUUAGAGUUACAUAAAUUACUUUUUACUGUAAUACAUCAGAUUAUUAAUCAACUCAGAAAUGUUUAUGUUUUAUUAAAUAUUAUUGAGUUAUUAUUGAGAGGGGCAGCACGGUGGUGUGGUGGUUGGCCUCACAGCAAGAAGGUCCUGGGUGCAACUCCACCCAGUGGCCUUCCUGUGUGGAGUCUGCAUGUUCUCCCCGUGUCUGCGUGGGUUCUCUCUGGUUCUCCGGCUUCCUCCAACAGUCCAAAGACCUGCUCUGGGGAUCCGGUUGAUUGGGAAGUCUAAAUUGCCUGUAGGUGUGUGGAUGUGAGUGUGAAUGGUUGUUUGUCUCUGUGUUGCCCUGCGAUUGGCUGGCGACCGAUCCAAGGUGAACCCUGUCUCUCGCCCAAAGUUAGCUGAGAUAGACUCCAGCUCCCCCCCCCCCCCCCCACGACCCUGAGUGCAGGAUAAGCGGUUUGAAGAUGGAUGGAUGGAUGAGUUAUGAGCUCCACUGUUAGAAUGCUGAACAUAUCUAUAAUAUAUAUCGUUCUGCAUUGUGAGUACUUUUGGUACUUUAAGGAUAUUUUGAUACUAAUACUGUGUAUCAUAAUUAUAUAUUGGUAAAUUCAUGACAUACAGGACUGUGUAUGUCAACAUGUCUCAGUGUUGGGUUGUGUUGUGGUUGUGUACCUGUCUCUCCUGUGUUGGUGUCAUUUAGUGUGAUGUUCUGCACUGAAAAGAAACAUUGUGCAACACAAGUGACUACAAUGACGACGUCUUCUGUACAUACAUGUAUUUUUAUGUAUGAUACAUGAAACACCAUGAAAUAUUUGAUCAUUUUAAUAUUUCACCAGAAACUGCUCUACAUCAAACCUCAAAGUAACUCCACUCCAUGUCUCCCCCUGGUGGUCUCUUACUGUCCAGCUACCGUGCCACAUCACCUGACUCUGUACCUGUCCUUGGUCACAUUCGCUCCCUCUCUGGCCCGCUCUGUCCUAUCAACCCUCCCUUCAACGGACUCCUUCUCUCUCAUGCAUCUUAACUCUACUUCCCCCCGUCUGGAUUCCAUCUGUCCUGUGACAUCACAACAGGUCCUCCAGUUGUCCCCGGCCCCGUGGUGGACUCAGUGAGAGCCACUAUGCGAGCAGCAGAAAGGAAUGACGUGAUGACGGCUCGCUUAUCAAUCUCUUCUUUCUCCAGUGAAAAGCUCAUUGUACCAAACAGAAAUCAAUCCUCAUUCUCUAACUCCCGAAAACUCUGCUCCAUCUUUUCAAGCCUCCUUGACCUCCCAGGCUCCUCCUCCCUCCACCUUCUACGAGACACUAUUUUACAAAAGAGAUUAUAGUCCUCCCUCCAAUCCAUCCACAUCCACAAAUGAACCAUCAUUUAUUGAUAUGUGCAUUGAAAUGUAUUUGUAAAUCCUUCUGUGUGCAUUUUCAAUUAUCCAGACUGAUCUGACGCCAUAUUUUUGGGCUUGAUUGACAGAUUGAGUAUUGUCUUUAUGCAGUGUUUUCUGAUGACAUCGCCUAAAAGAGUGUAAAUGAGGUAAAUAAAAUCGGUCCAAGCACAGAAUCUUCAGAGUUGGCUAAUUAGCUUGAUAGUUAAAACAUUUUUAUU